AUGAAACUGAGAGUGAAUUCGUUUCAAAAAUCUAUUGGUUGGUUCUUACCGUGUAUUUUCAUUCCCAUUUCCACCACUUAUUCUGAACGACAUUAUUUAUUUUAUUCCGUACAUUUUAUCGCCUCCAUGAUCAAGUUCGUUGUUAUGAUAAAUAAGCGUGGCCAGACCCGGCUGAGUCACUACUACGAGCCCUUCACUUUGGAGGAUAAGUCCGCUUUAGAAUCUGAGCUGAUUCGCAAGUGUUUGAUUCGCGACGAUACUCAAUGUUCCUUCUUCACCCUCAGGGACAUGACCAUUGUUUACAGGAGGUACGCUAGCUUAUUUAUCAUCGUCGGCACCACUCCUGACGAAAAUGAGCUCACUAUUUACGAGCUCGUUCAGAACAUCGUCGAAACACUCGACCGUCACUUCGAGAACGUCUGCGAGCUCGAUAUAAUUUACAAUCUCGACAAGGCUCACUUUAUUUUGAAUGAAAUGAUCGCCAACGGCCGUAUCAUCGAAUGCAACAAGUCCAACAUCCUUUACCCGCUUACUCUUUACGAGAAGUUCCAAAAGUCGUCAUUUUAA